GAGAUCAAAGCUUGGAUUGAUCAAUGUAGAGAUACCCAUCAAGUCUGCAGUACAUCUGCAAAUGAGGGUACAUCUAGGCCAAAACGCUUGCUAAGGCUUGAUAAAGACAUUUGCCUGGCUUCGCCUACGGAACCAGUCCGUUUCGCUGCGCUGAGUUACUGCUGGGGCACAAACAAGCAGCCGAUCACGACGAACGCGAACCUGACGACUCGUUAUGGAUAUCUUGAGUUCUCGAAUCUUCCAAAAACACUAAAGGACGCCAUCUUCGUCUGUCGCGGGCUCGGCUUGAGCUACAUCUGGAUCGACUCUCUUUGUAUCGUACAAGAUGACGGAGAAGAGUGGGCCACCGAAGCUGCUAAGAUGGCAGACAUAUACUCAAGCGCGCACGUCGUCCUCGCGGCUUCGCUGGCGGCAGAUGCCACGCAGGGUUUUCUUCAUCCACGUCACCGCCCAUUUGAGAUAGUUCGGCGUGCACACACUGUGCGAGCGAAUCUUGAUCAUCUGCCGCUUUCCAGAAGAGGAUGGGCAAUGCAGGAGGGCGUAUUGGCCACACGAAUUGUUCACUUUUGCCCCGACGAGGUCCUUUUUCAAUGCAAGACGGGAUCCAGAUGCGAGUGCCAAGGAGAAGAGCCUAAUCAUAUCAUACGCCCCGCAUACAAUCUCGCCACAUGGCCCCCAACAGAUCCGCAAACGCUUCGAGCGCUCUCCUUGGACGAUGGUGCAGGAUACCAAUUUUUCGUGGAGUGGACUAGAGUUGCUCGAGAAUUUAGCUCUCGAAGCCUCUCAUAUGCGAGCGAUGCAUUGCCCGCUCUCUCCGGUAUUGCUCGGCGCACCCAAUCGCUGCAUCCUGGGCAAUACAUUGCAGGCAUGUGGGAGAAAGGCUUUUGUUUUCAGCUAGGCUGGUACCUGAACUCGAGAACGGAGUCAGCAAAGAUCGUUCUUACCAGGCCCACAUUCUCCUGGAUUACUGCUCCAAGAAGUAUAACAUACGCGCUUGCCUAUCAACCCGUUCCAGUAUGUGCUCUGCUCCAUGCUCAGAGCACCCCAGCCACAAUGGAUCCAUUCGGACGCAUCAUCUCUGCCAGUGUCACUCUUCGUGGC